CUGUUAGAUUGGAAUUUCAAUUGUGAGACGUGUUUGAUGAAAUCAACCCCAUAAUGGGCUAUCAGCUAUGAUCAACCAGGUGUAGGAGCAGAAGUAAGCUUCAGUCUUCAGUCAAUUGCUAUGCACUAUGAGUUUUCUGUCAUACUAUUGUUCUGUUUUGGACAAAUAGAUCUGUCCAUACUCUAAGAUCAUAUCAGACAAUCAAGAGCUGCAGCUGCAUAAGGUGGGAGAUUUUGAGCCUGAUUAACUCAGAAAAGAUGGAAGCUUGCCAGACCCUAAACUCAGAUACAGGCAGUGGACUAAAACACUACCCUUUGACUCCUCUAAGGCUUGUAAGGGGUCUGGCAUGCUUAUUGGUUUACCUUUCUACUGCCUUCAUGUUCUUAGUAUAUUUCAGUCCCGUGUUUGCAGUUUUCCUCCGCCUUUUUAGCGUACAUUAUAGUAGGAAGGCUUCGUCCUUUCUUUUUGGUCUGUGGUUAGCUUUGUGGCCCUUCUUGUUCGAAAAGAUUAACAGAACCAAGGUGAUUUUUUCUGGAGAGACUGUUCCAGAAAGGGAACGUGUUUUAGUUAUUGCCAACCACAGAACAGAAGUUGAUUGGAUGUAUCUUUGGGAUCUUGCGCUGCGAAAGGGUUGCCUAGGAUGCAUCAAAUAUGUCCUUAAGAGCAGCUUGAUGAAGCUACCUGUAUUUGGUUGGGGAUUUCAUGUGUUUGAGUUCAUAUCAGUGGAGAGAAGGUGGGAAGUAGAUGAAACUAUCAUGCGGAAAAUGCUCUCAACCUUUACCAAUCCAUUGGACCCAUUGUGGCUUGCUGUUUUUCCCGAGGGAACUGAUUUUACAGAACAAAAGUGCAUAAAAAGUCAACUUUUUGCUGCAGAAAAUGGAUUACCUGAACUCAAUAAUGUGCUGCUUCCUAAAACAAGAGGUUUCUAUGCUUGUGUGGAAAUCCUAAGGGGGUCUCUGGAUGCAGUGUAUGACGUGACUAUCGCAUACAAGAACCGGUGCCCCACUUUCACGGACAACGUGUUUGGCGUUGAACCGUCAGAAGUUCAUGUUCAUGUUCGACGCAUCCCUCUUAAAGACAUCCCAGCUUCAGAAAGUGAGUGCAACACGUGGCUAUUAGAUGCAUUUCAACUGAAAGAUCAAUUGCUUUCGGAUUUCAUCGCUCAAGGUCAUUUUCCUAACCAAGGAACCGAAGGAGAUCUUUCGACACUCGGAUGCCUGGUAAAUUGUACAGCGGUAAUAGCGAUCACUUCUAUAUUCACAUAUCUUUCGUUUUUCUCGUCCCUUUGGUUCAAAGUUUACAUUGUUCUGUCUUGUGCAUACCUUGCUUGUGCGACUGCUUUCAAUUUUCGUCCGUCGCCACUUGUUGAAUAUGUUACUCGAAAGAAAUCGUCUUAGCGUUUAUUGGCUUGGAAGAAGAAUAAAUUCUUGUAAAAGUGAAGUGAAAAUGUACAUUUUCUUUGUAGGUGUAAAUUGGGAUGAUUACAAUUCAAUGAAAUGAAUACCUUCUGUCCUUUUAUUGUC